UGCAAACUCUCACACUCUCUCAUCUCACCACGUGUCCACCUUCUUCCACACGUCACACCACCACCUCCUAUUAUAAACCCUCACUUAUCUCUCAUUAUUUUCUCUCUCAUCCAAAAAAAACUAAACAUUCUUUAAAAAAAAAAAUGGCAGAUCAAUCUUAUCGCCAAGAUAUUUAUCUAAGAGGUAGUCAAGGUCAAGGUCAAGAUCUUCAACAAAGAGGUCAAGAAGCAGUUCAAAGUUUCAAACAUUUUCUACAUGAAAAAGCCCCUUCAUCAUCAAAUGUUGUUGCAUUUGCUACUAUUUUACCAUUAGGAGGCUUUCUUUUGGGCCUUUCUGGGCUGGCUUUUGUUGGUUCUCUUAUUGGGCUCGCGCUUACGACACCGUUGUUUGUUCUCUUUAGCCCGGUUAUUGUACCGGCUGUUUUGACUAUUGGGCUUGUUGUUUUGGGCUUUUUGGUUGCCGGAGGUUUUGGGAUCACCGGCCUUUCAGCUUUUUCGUGGAUUAUUAAUUAUUUUAGGGGGUACGAAAUGGGUCAUGCGGCGGGUAUGGAUAUGGAUCAUGUUUCAAGGUGGGCUCAUGACAAGGCUGGUGAUAUGGGUCAUAGAGUUAAGGAAAUGGGCCAAGGUAUUAAAGAUAGAGUCCGCGGGGAAUGAAAGAAAGUUGUAAUAUGGGCCUAUUAGGCCUUGUAGGCCUUUUGAGUCAGUGAGGGUAAAAUGGUCAAUAUGUUUUUUUUUUAGUGUUUUUAUGUUUUUGUUUUGUGGGAUGUUUUGCAUCUAAUAAUGCCAUAAUUUGUGCAAUUUAGAAUUUUGAUAUCAAGUUUUAAGUGGCUUCUUAUGUGAAGAGGCAAUUGUUAAGAGAAAUGGUGCUUUGUGAUUG